AUGUCGGGCGGGUCGCAGGUCAGCGUGAUGUCGAAGUUCGACAACAACAUCCAGCUGAUUCUGACAAAGUUCAACGAGGUGCUGGAGCUGCUGAGGCUGGACGGCAAGGACCUGGAGACGCAGGCGGUGGAGGCGAUCCAGAUCCAGUCGGACACGCAGAUCGUGGUGCGAUUGGUGGAGGAGCUGUUGCACCUGACCAAGAGCCUGAAGGAGAAGUGGAUUCUCGGACAGGUUCACCGCAAGUCGAGGGACGUGCUUGCGGACAACAACUACGAGCUGUACGUGAAGCUCAACGGGAUUCUAUCGGACAUCACAGAGGCGGCGGAGGGGCGCGGGUGA